GCACAGCCCCUUCCCCGGCUGAGCAUUGGGAAGAAGACCCUGGUGGCGGCCGCCGUGGGGGUCAUGCUGGUCCUGAUCCUUGUGGUCCUCAUCCCGGUGUUGGUCAGUUCCGUGGGGACUGGCGUCGCGGAUGCCAGCCACUAUGAGAUGUUGGGCACCUGCCGUAUGGUCUGCGACCCCUUUCUGGACACAGGUACGGGGACCGGCACAGGUGCAGGAACCGCCACGGCCACCACAGACCUCCAGGCUGAGAAGGCAGACAACAACGCCCUCGGCGACCACAGCAUCGGACCUCCGUUGCCUACCUAUGGAGCCAAUGGGCCGCAGGGGAAGCCAGGACUACCGGGCAAACCAGGACCCCCAGGUCCCCCUGGAGAGCCAGGACCACCUGGACCCAAGGGCCCGCCAGGGGACGCGGUCAGGACAGGGAUACUCGGUCUAGGGGGCAAGGGGGCCAUCAGUGCGGCCACUUACAGCAACACGCCCCGGGUGGCGUUUUUUGCCGGACUGCGUAACCCGCAGGAAGGCUACGACAUCCUGCGCUUCGACGACGUGGUCACUAAUCUGGGGGAUAACUUUGUGGGCUCGACGGGCAAGUUCACGUGCAAGAUCCCGGGCACCUACUUUUUCAUCUACAAUGUGCUAAUGCGAGGAGGAGAUGGCACAAGCAUGUGGGCGGACCUGAUAAAGAACGGCCUGGUCAGGGCCAGCGCCAUUGCUCAAGACCAGGACCAGAGUUAUGACUACGCUAGCAACAGUGUCAUCCUGCAUUUGGACGCCGGAGAUGAGGUGUUCAUCAAACUGGACGGGGGCAAGGCCCAUGGGGGCAACAGCAACAAAUACAGCACCUUCUCAGGGUUCAUCCUCUUCGCUGACUGA